AUGGAUAUUGAAGAGAGUAGUCGGCAGCUUUACCGAAAAAUUGAGACGAUCUCCUCGGAUUUGAAUUCUCUAGCAUCUAAAACGAUUUCAAAACUGUGUCAGCGAAUUCAUGUUCUUAUCCCUGAAUUCGUUGUUCCUGGUACCUUGCAGUUGAUUGAUUCGGAGCGUGUAUUAUCUUGUCCUAAAAAACGCAAGACUCGGGCUACGAAGUCGAUUGUUUGCUCUUCCGCUUACAGUACAAGAUCCAAGAGGCAAAAGGUUUCGAUGUCGACAUCAUCUACUGAAAUAUGUGACCUGAUUCAGUCAUCCGGACAACUCGAUGGGGAGAUGCAGCCUGUUCUUGAGGAGCAGUCUUCCGUCGCACUCGCGUCGAAGCUGGACACAGCCCAGCCUUUUCGAAAUAAAUGCUCACAAUCUGCAACAGAAAUAAAAUCCAUUGAAGGAGAUGCCAUGGAUGAGGUUACUUUACUAGCUGAGAACACUAUUGAGGCUAAUCAAUCGGUCCACAAAUCGAGCUGUAAGAGAAGGAAGUCUUCAGUACGAGCUUCGUCUUUUGCCACAAAGCGUUCUCUUCCAUCCUCUAAGCAAAGUCGUUUUGAUUCAUCUGCCAAGGACGAACGUCUGUCCAACGGUUCCGCCAGAAGAAGGAGUAGGGUGUCUGGUUCAAAAAAAGUGGCGAAUUCAGUGCAUUCUGCUCAGUCAUUGCCGGAAUCCGAGUCUUGUGUAAUUACGAAUGAGGCUGCUUCCAUAUUAGCGAAUGAUUCUGGGGCGAAUGACGAUUCUUCAAGGGUCGUGAAUGGAAAUUUUAGCAUAAUGACUGAGGAAUCUGAAGAAGAAGAUGAUGUGGUGGAGGUACGCUCCUCAAAAUCACUGUAUCGACCUCCUAAAAUAUCCCCAACAGUCACUACUACAGGCGAUGUUACCACUUCUGCAGCAGUGCUUUUGAAUUCGACUUCUCACAUCGCCUCUACACCAGCCGCUCCGGGUUAUGCUGGAAGUCGCUUACGACAAUUUCAUAACACACCAUGGCCAACGGGAUUGUCGAAACCCUGGCUUUCUCGACUUGGUUGGAGCAUGGCCUCAAAGACUGCUUCGAUUACUGCUAAUACUAAUACCAUAGCCUCCGCUAAUAUGACAUAUUCAAAUUUACCGCGUCAGCCCCGUGCAUCUCGGCUGUCAGCGAAGGCGUCGGUGGGAAUGGGAAAGUUUAAAAGCGCAGCGCUUCCCCGUGCUUCGGCGGCUAAACAUACUAAACCAACAGCAGCUGUUGCUAACUCUGCGUCACGAUUGCCAACGAUACCACAGUCGAAUAAGAUCUCCGGCACCAGUAGAACCAAUGUCCCGGGGAAUGAAGAGAAGGAAAUUAGCACUACCCACCGAUCUUGCGCCUCCAUGGCAGCAGGUGCGUUGUCUCGAGGGCCUACGACCGGACCGCUGCAGAUGCAGCCGGCGGUGAAACCGCUGCCAAAAGAUGUGGCAAAGGACGACCGAAGGGACCGAGUGAUGGCGAAGUUGGCCGAGAGUGCACAAAGACAUCAGGAGUUGAUGGAGAAGCGAGCUAGGGAGCAUAAGGCUAAGGUGAAAGCUGCUAAUGAGCAUCGAAUGGCGGUACGUGCAAAUGCAGAACGUGAAGCCAAGGAGAAACAAGCUGCCACGGCAAGACGAUUGGAGGCAGAAAGGUUAAAAAUGCAAAAAGUUGUGAUGAAGGUUAAGGUACCACCACCGAAGACGGCAACCUUUGCCAACCACCAGCACGCGAGUCAGUUGAUUAAGCAUUUGCCCCUCUCAUCACUUCCCACCAACACAUCUACGGCUUUAUCAGUCACAACCACCACCAACAACGCCAAUUACAUGAAAAACUUUGAUCUCGCCAAGGUUGCUCCACCACCACCACCGCUUCCACUUCGAUCCACCGAGGUUAAUGAAUCGCAGCCACUGCACAAUCCGCCGGCGCCACCCUCACAACCACCACCAUCUGCUCCCGAUGGGUCUCCUGUCUCCUACGAUCUAACCGGUCUCCUUUCCGACUACGAAUCUGAUUCAGACGAUGAAGUAAGGUACAGGAGGAGAGCCAUUCCCAAGUGGGCCAAGGAUGGUAGUUCGGAUUUGAUAUUCUGGGUGUCUCGCGUAUAUCGAGGUGAUAUUUCCUGGCGGAAGGUAUUUCGACCCGCAGAGAACGUCCAUUUUGAUGAUGCGGAGCUCUUUCAUGGGUACAAAUAUCAUACGCGCCCUCGAGGCAGUAGUGCAGCAUGGAACUCGCCUAUCCCCUCACCCAUCCCUGGCCCCUCAGAUACCGCUUCUUAA